GCAUCUGACUGACCAGUUGACAAAAAUUCAGAUAGUGAACGAGACCAAUAAGGACUUGGUUGUCGAGGCACUGAGAUCAAUCGCGGAGAUAUUAACUUAUGGCGAUCAGCAUGACCCCUCAUUCUUUGAGUUUUUUAUGGAGAAGCAAGUCAUGGGAGAGUUUGUACGUAUUUUGAGGGUUAGCAAAACAGUAACAGUUUCUGUCCAGUUGUUGCAAACCAUGAGUAUUAUGAUCCAAAAUCUCAGAAGUGAUCAAGCCAUCUACUACUUGUUCAGUAACGAAUAUGUAAACUAUUUGAUAACAUAUACAUUUGAUUUCCAACAUGAAGAACUUCUAUCUUACUACAUAUCCUUCCUAAGAGCUGUUAGUGGGAAGCUAAACAAACAUACAAUAUUGUUGCUUCUGAAGACUGAGAACGAUGUAGUAGUUUCUUUUCCCCUUUAUGUCGAAGGAAUACAAUUUGCAUUUCAUGAAGAGAACAUGAUACGCACUGCAGUUCGUGCCUUGACUCUUAAUGUAUACCACGUUGGCGAUGAAUCUGUGAAUGAUUACGUAGUUAGUCAACCACACACCGAGUACUUUUCCAAAUUAGUUUCAUUUUUUCAAAAGCAGUGCAUGGAUCUAAGCGCAAUGGUGCUGAACACGCUAAAGAGCCCAUCCCCAGAAUCGGGUGGAAAGUUGUUCUCUGCCGUUGAUGGAAUUGAGGACACCUUGUACUACUUUAGUGAUGUUAUCUCUGCUGGCAUACCUGAUAUCGAGAGGCUGGUAACAGAUCGCAUUCUGCAGCAUCUCACUCUCCCACUUCUUCUCCCGUCUCUAUGCUCUGAGGCUGUAAAUGAUAUAUCAAUCGAUCCUGUCACUUCUCUCUAUCUGCUUUGCUGCAUCCUUCGGAUAGUUAAAAUAAAAGAUUUGGCAAAUAUCACCGCUGCUUCUCUUUUCUGCCCUGUAAAGGCUUUCAUUUCAAGUUCCCUAGUAAAACCUAAUAGUAGCUUGGCUCCUGAACGCCCUAGAUUUGUGAAUGGGCAUCCAGACAAUUGUGUUGCUGAGGAAGCGGAUCAACAGUGUUCAAGCACUGAAGUCUUGAAUGAGGAUGGAGAUCCCCACGUUUGCAGUGAAAAUACGACGAAAAGUACCUUCAAAAAUUCACAUAUGACAUUUAGGGAGACUUUACUUCAAUAUAUUUCUGAGGGGGAUGAUGUGCAAGCUCAGGGUUCGUUGUUUGUGCUAGCCACUUUGUUGCAGACAAAAGAACUUGAAGAGUCAGUGCUAGAUGCUUUUGGCAUUCUUCCUCAGCGUAAGCAGCACAAAAAACUUUUGCUGCAAUCUUUGGUUGGGGAGGACUCUGGUGAAGAACAACUAUUUUCACCAAAUGGUUCUAUGAGAGAUGGCUCAAGUAGCGAACUUGAUUGGUGUCUACGGAAGCUGGAGGAUCAGUUUGGAGUAUGCUGUUCAUUUCCUAAGGGUGCAAUGUGCCCCCGUGUACAUAGACAUCAGGUGGUGGAUGCAUUGGUCAGUCUUCUCUGCCGUGAAAACAUAUCUGCAGAAACUUUAUGGGAUGGAGGAUGGCUCUUACGCCAAUUGCUUCCUUAUAGCGAAGCAGAAUUCAAUCGAAAACAUCUCAAGAUGUUGAAUGAUUCAUAUGAGAAAUGCAAAAAUGCACUAAUCCAGGAGAUCAAAGGUACAUGGCCUGAUCUACUCAUCAGGGUACUGCUUGAGGAGUGGAAAAAGUGCAAAAAAGGCAAUGUAUUCAAUGAAUCUAAUACCUUAUAUCUUUUAACAGUGAUUGAAGCUCCAUCCCCUCAAAAAGAGCCUAAAUCCGUUCUUCUCCAGCUGGAUAGAUCCGCUUGUAACGAUAACACUGUUAGCGAAUCAUCAUUCACAGCAGGUGAAAAAUUGUGCGAGGUGGUAAAGGUUUUUGUGCUUCUUCAUCAACUUCGGAUCUUCUCGCUUGGUAGGGCCUUGCCAGAGCAGCCUCCUGUCCAUCCUCCUACCGAUAGAUCUGAAACGUCUCGUGCCACAGCUACUGGUUUGGAUCUUACAGUUCCCAAACCUGGCACCGAAGUUAAGCUAGUUGAUGCGGUACCCUGUAAGAUUGCCUUUGAAAGAGGCAAGGAGCGCAAUUUCUCGUUUCUAGCAGUAUCAUCUGGUGUGUCUGGGUGGAUUAUCCUUGCUGAAGAAUCACUUUUGAAGCCAGAUUACGGAACCGUCCGUGUUACCGCACCUCUAGCCGGCUGCAAUCCUCGAAUAGAUGAGAAGCACCCAAAAUGGCUACACUUGAGAAUCCGACCAUCGACGUUACCUUUCUUGGAUCCAACAAAGAGAGGAGUCUAUGAGAAGCUCAAGUCCAAAGGCCUAGUAGACGGGAGAUGGACGUUAGCAUUCAGAGACGAUGACUCAUGCUACUCUGCUUGCUCGAUGGUUGCACAUGAGAUUGAUCUACAAUGCAGCGAGGUUGAAAGAAGAUUAAAGCCAUUGUUUGAGCUUGACAGAAACCAGCAAGAUCAAUCAAACGUUACUUCAGAUGUCUUCUCUUCACCAACUUCGUCUUUGUCCCGUUGA